UGCUGCUUUGGGGGGGGAAAAAUAAUAAGCCGACUUGCCGAGGGGCAGGCAGGGAAAAAGUAUCUGGGAGAGAGGAGAGGGAGACAGGUGUCGCGGAAGUUUAUACUUGCAGAGGCGCAUCCCUCCGCGUCUUUCUAAACAUUUUUUUUUUUUUGCCAUUAUCUGGAAUAACGUGAAAGAGACUGUGACUGGCGGUCAUUCGGCUACCACUGAUCCUGUGGUUGUCCCAGCCUCGGCCCCCAGAGCAGCAGUGCCUGAGCCUCUCCUCCUCCUCCUCCCCUCUGUGACCAUCAGCAGCAGCUCAGCGUGGCGAGGCCAGGAACAAUGGGCCGGAAGCUGGACCUGUCGGGCCUAACAGACGACGAGGCAGAGCACGUCCUGAAAGUGGUCCAGCGGGACAUGAAGCUGCGAAAAAAGGAGGAGGAGAGGCUGAGCGAGAUGAAGCAGGAGCUGGCGGAGGAAGGCAGCAGAUGCUCCAUCCUCUCCAAGCAGCACCGCUUCAACGAGCACUGCUGCAUCCGCUGCUGCGCGCCCUUCACCUUCCUGCUCAACCCCAAGCGCCAGUGCCUGGACUGCCAGUACAACGUCUGCAAGACCUGCUGCACCUACAGCAAGAGGGACAAAGCCUGGCUGUGCUCGGCGUGCCAGAAGGGCAGGAUAUUGAGGACGCAGUCGCUCGAAUGGUAUUAUAACAAUGUGAAGAGUCGCUUCAAGAGGUUCGGCAGCGCCAAGGUUUUGAAGACUCUGUACAGAAAGCACAUUAUCGAGAGAGGAGCACUCUCUGAUCUCCCAGAAAGCAGCGUUCACGAGGGAAGCAACGACAACGAUGGCAGCGUCUGUGGCAGUGACUCCGUCUUCUACAAACAGAGCGAAGGUCACAGUAUGGCAGAGACGCUCACUGUCGCCCUGCGUGUUGCUGAGGAGGCUAUAGAGGAGGCCAUCGCUAAGGCAGAGGAGUUCAGUGACAGCUUGGAGAAGCAGAAUGAGGCUCGGUAUCUGCGGGACCACAAAGAGGAGCUCAUAGAGGAACUUGCCACAACCAUCGUACAAAAAAUCAUUCAGAGGAGGAAGCGCUCGGAGAUGCAGACAGAGUAUGACUUUGUCUGGCCUCAGCCUCAGUCUCUGAUCCAGCCCAGUGAACUGCCCUCUCCUUCUCAGCCUCACGCUUCCUCACAAGGACCACAAGACCCCCUGAAGACCUCCUACUCUCUCUGGCGAUCGCGAUCAGCGUUCUCCCUCACCAGUGACGACUCCCCAGAAAAGGCUCCAGAGGAGGAAAGUGCCGGAGCAGACGGCAGCGGCUUGCAGGAGUGUACUUCUCUGAAGAGGGAGGCCAAGGCCACUUCUCUACCCAGCUGGAAGAGCAUGGAUCGCCUGGACAACUCGAGUGCAUCCUCAGUGCUGCAGAGCCCGGACGGUAACUGGAUCGCUCUGCACAGUUCUCAGCUGUCCCGGCCCAGCCUGCUCACCAAGAGGAAAAGCCUGGUGUUCAGCGUGUUGGAAAAGGAGUCCGGCGUUGUCUCCGCUUACGACGAGAUGGGAUCUGACUCCGAGGUGGACGAUGAAGGCGGCUGGGGUGCGGCGCUUAGACAGUUCCGGCGCAAGCUGUCAGACGAGACUUACUACACAGACUCGCAGCACGACCCCGAGUGGACUUACACCCAACACCUCCCCGUCACCUCCCCGUCCUCGGGCCAGUACACCAACACCGAGACCCUCAACUCGGACUCCGAGGCCUCAUCGGUGCUGUCUGCUUGUCCUCGCAAACCGCCUCACAACCUGAUGAGGAAGAAAGGACCGCCGGAUACACACCUGCACCCUCAUCACCAGCCACUCUACCACCAACACCUUCACCAGAACUUCUCUCCGUACCCGGUCCACUCAGAAGCUCUGGAUGUGAACUUUAACCCCAAGGUGAUGGGCGACAGCAGCGAGGCCGAGGAGAAGCAGAGUGACCCCAUCAGAAGAUCACGGCGACGCAGGAAAAGCAAGAGAGAGUCAUCAACAGAGCAGAACCGGCCUGGAAGCCAGAGCCAUACACAGUCCAUCUACCCCUUAGCACAGGAGAACAGCGGCUUUCUACUCAACAACCUGCUGAAGAGAGGUUUAAGUGUGGAUCAGUCAGUAUCUGACACUGUGCCAGUGGCCACAGCUGCACCAGACGCCUUCAAACUAGAUGCCAUGACACCUGAGCCAGAGGACUUGGACACGGUGGCGCCGAAUUCGCCCGCCCCCGGCCCUCCUCUGCUCCACUCUUUGGCUCCGGGACCCCAGCUCUCCUCCAAUAGCUCGGGGCCUAGAACCAGCUCCGGAGACCCACUGGAAGAGGAGAUACGAUCUCGGCUUAGUCAGCUGGUCAGCCGUGCCAACAGCAAAGACAGCAGCUCAUCUGAAGAUGAGUGCACAACACAGUGGCCUGCGGACAAGCAGACGGAAAAAGAAAGUGACAGACAGAGAGAGAAAUCAAGGCCAAAAGACACAGAAAGGCAGCGGGCAAGUGACAAAUUAAGUGAGAAAGCAAGUGAAGCAGUGGAACAAGUGAAUGGACAAGAGAUGAAAAGAAGUGAGAGACUAAUGAAGAGCGCUUCAGUGAGAGAAGAAGGAAGAAUCAGGGAGAGGAGGUUAGAGAAACGAGGUGAGAGUUUGAGAGAGAAAGUAGAUGAACAGGAACAGAAGAGAGGAGACAAAAGAGAGCCGAACAGACAAAGCAAGAGGCAGCAUAAAAGAGACGUGGAGAAAGAAGCAGGGCUGAAAGCAGCAGCGAGGAGGAGUGGAUCCAGCACCAGUUCACCUGCUGUUACACCUUCUUCCCAGGAGGGGGCGCUGUCAAACAACCAGGUGGGACAGAAUGACUCGGAGCAACAGCAGAGGCUCCAGUUGCUCUCCUCUAUCUUACACCAGAAGUACUCGGCAGCCUCACUCUGCAGCAUCACCACUGAGGUGCUCAAGGUUUUGAACGCUACAGAGGAGCUGAUUGGUGAGGCGGGAGGCGAGAGCUACACCCCUUCUGAGUCCAUGAGCGCUUCUCCCAUCUCCAGCAGCUCCGAGACCCGCCGACUAGACCAGAGGCUCACCAAGAUGGAGGAGAAUGUGUACCUGGCUGCUGGAGCAGUGUAUGGCCUUGAGGGGGCACUGGGGGACCUGGAGCAGUGUGCUCGCAGUAUUAACAGUGGGACCACAGAUACAGAACUGGCCUUUCUGGAAGACCAAGUGGCUACAGCAGCCGCUCAGGUCCAGCAGUCCGAACUACAGAUAUCAAACAUUGAGGCCAGGAUAUCAGCUCUGAAAACAGCUGGGUUAAACGUAACUGUCUGCAAUCACUUCUCCAAGUUCAAGCCAAAGUCUAAGCCUCAAACACUGGACUCAUCUCGCCAUCAGAGGAGGAAGCUUCCAGCGCCUCCACUGAAAGAAAAGUCGGAGCCGGAGCAGCAGGUGAAAGUAUUUCGGCCGUAGUGACAGUCAACAGCACAACGAGCCCCUCAGGGCCACUCCAGAGCCCCAGGGACGGGGGCCCUUCACAUCCAGUGCCUUGACCCAGCGUCUGCCUCCAGAUCCAGGCCAAGCAGGGGCCAACACCUGCCCUGUGUCACCCACCCAGCACUCAUCCCUCCGCCUACCACGGUAUCAUUUAAACGUCUCUCAGAAGACACGACCGGCUCUUUCCCCCUUUUCUCCCUCAGUUUUCGCCUCCUCACCACACACGUAAUAUGUAAUGCAAAGGUGACUCAACAGUCAGUGUUUCUGCCUUAAAAUCUGCAAACACUCCUCAUUAUCUGACUCAAAAAGAAUAUCUGUACAGACAACGAAAAACUCAUUCCCUCUUUCUAUCUGUUUGCAAGAGUAUUGUGAUUUAAUGUACAAUGAAGCUGUGGAAAAAUCAUGUGAAACUUUCUGUGAUUCAGUGUCCCAAAAAGAGGCUGAGCCGCGUUUUAUACUGCAUCUUCUUUUUCACCAAAUGAAAUGUUAUGAGGAAUCUAAUCAUAUUGUAAGCACCCUUCAGAACUUUAUUUUUUUGUUGUUGUUUUUGAAUGAUUGUCAAGCUUCACACAUACAUACAGCUAUCAGAUGGUAAUCCUCGUUUGGGGGAUGAUUGUAACACUUUUGGUAUUUUAACGAUUAUAAAAAUUACCAGAAAAUAGUGUUUCGAUGUGCAAAAGUAUCAGGACCGAAAAGUUUUUGUCCUUUCCUGCCACUGGUGAUGGCAAUAAAGGUAAACUAAGCACAUUUGAGAAAUAUGCCAUUGUAGGUGCACAGCUAAAAACAAAUUAGUUAGAAGACCAGUUUAAAAAUUUGAAAAGAGGAUCAUUUGCUUUUUUUGCUGAGAGUUAAAUUAGAAAAUCCAAACCAAACUCAUGUCAGUAUGCUAAAUAUGAAGAAGCUACAAUGGAAAGAGCAGCCAAGCGUAAAGACUGGGGCAUAUAGAGUGGAAACAGCUACCCUGGCUCUGUUCAUAAAGCUUAAACAAAUAUCCUACCAGCAGCUCUAAACUUGGUACCAAAUUUUCCUUUGAGCUCUGUUUUGGUCUCCUCUUGAACAAAAUAUCCAGCUACUGAACAUGCUGUCUACUGUUUGGUGCAGAGCAGGUUGCUUUUUUUUUCUUUUUUUACCAUCAACUCUGUCACAAAAAUAUCACAGUAGCCUUGUUUGCGUAACAUUUUUUUUAAUGAAAACUGAAAAAUUGAAAAAAAUGUUCCCAGUUUUGGGGAAAAAAUGUUUAUAGGCUCAUAUGGGGUGUUUACUUUUUUGAAAAAUAAUUAAAAUGAAUAAAUAAGCGGACAAUAAAUUCACACCACUGAUCGGCUGUUGACAAUUUAUUUGUUGUCUUUGUCUCGAGAAAUCAUGAAACGUAACUAAUACCAGCUGACAUUAAAGAAUAACUCAAACAUUUCUGAUUGACUCCAGAAGGCUUCUCUCCAUUUUUCUAUCAUAUAUAGCCAAAGAUUUCUUUUUGUUUCCCCUCAUCUUCAGGGUUUUCGCAAGUUUGCAAACAGCUAAUUUGUAAGGUGGCCCACAUUGCCAGCUUAUUUACUAGUCUAAUUGACAUUUUCCUUUCUUUUUUCUGCAACAUUUCAAAAGUUUUCUUACAGAGGGAUGAGAAAAAACCAUAACAUUAUGUACCAGACAACUAAACAAUGGGCUUAAAACUCUAUAAAACAACUCUAUAAAGCAACUUGCAAACUUUUUCACAUUGUUCUCACAUUAUCAUUUGAUACAUUGUUAAUAAGAAAAUAUCUACAAUGGCAGCCUUAAAUAAUACAAGAUUUUGAUAACUUUGGAGAGAGCCAGCGUCACUGCUUUACUCUGUUUCAGUCUUUAAGCUUGAAGCAAAUGCAAGCACUUUAUAUUUAGCUUCAUAUUCAGCAUACUGGCGUUAAUUUACUCAUCUUCUACAGUGUCAGAGCUAUAAAGACUGUGGAAGUUCUCUCAUAUUUAUUUGGACAAUGAAUAGCUGAUAAGAACUAAUUAGUAGACGCACACACAUGUACACAACAGCCUUAAAGUGGAAGCUGUGGGCUACUACAUUUAAACGAAUCGAAAUAUGGUUUGAAUAAUGUCUUGAAGCCUUCCUUCGUGCAGUAGGCCUGUUCUUCAACGCAAGGUCAUUUAUCUUCCUCCUCAUCAUUUUCUUCGUUUACUUUCAAACUUUGUGGCCUUUUAUUUGAGCAAAAUGUAUAUUUUACAUGUUUUUCCCCUUUGCUGGGUCAUGUCUGAACUAUUUUUGUGUUACAUUCAGAAAAUCUUGCAAGAUUUUUACAUAAUGACGUCUGAUGGGCUAUAUAACAAACGCCAUGAAACCAUGAUUUUGUUACAAGCAAUUUAUUUUUGUACUUACUGAACGUUUUUAUGCAAUACCGCUGAAAUAAGUACUAUUGCAAAUUAAAGGCUUUAUUCUCUCCUCAAAGGAGCCCUCCUCAGCCAGUCCUAUCAGACUCUCUCUCUCAUGUGUGAUGACUCAAAGUGCUUUCAGUGUAAGCCUGCAUUUACCAUUUGAUAUUCUGCAAGUAAUGACGAUGGUAAAUGCUACAAAAACACAGGUGACAAGAGGCAUUUUUGGAGCAGCCAGUACGAUUCAUAGUGUACUUGUACUCCUUAAACACUAGAUUUGAGAAUACUGCCUUUCAUUUUUGUGUGAUUUUUCUUUACUCUGUGACCACUUGCGUUAGUCAGAACCUCAGUUGACCAUGCAUUCGCUUUUUGCUUUUGGCUACAGCUAAAGAGCAGGGUUGGAUUUCCUGACAGACUGAUAAAAAAAAAAAAAAAAAAAGGUGUGCUGAUCUUCUGUAUGAAUGCUCUGCCCCUUCUAUUAGUGACCUUUCCAUCCCAGCAUUUCACAUCUUUGGGUUUGCACACUGAUCCUGUACUUUUGUCAAUCUUGUUCUCCAGAGGUGUUGAUGUAUAAAAAGCAUGUUUCUGGUUUUAUCAAAUUGAUGUAAAAAUCUCCCAUGAGAAGCACAGCCACAAGGGGUCCAAUCAUCAGUGUCCUGUAUUUUUCUAAUGUAAAAAAAAAAGUAUUAUUAUCUCAUCGAAGAAUUUGUUAAUAUAUGUAUAUGUGUGAAAAGAUGGAUAUGAUAUAGAAUAACGUGUUUAUUGCCCAAUCAUAGUUGACAAAUCUUUCGGUGUUGUGUGCAAGAGAUUGUGUAUAUUUGUCAUGACUCGUAAGGCUGGAUUCAAACUGGAAGUCGAAUUUACUGUUGUAACAGUGUCCCAGAUACUCAGAAAUGAUGAGACUCACACAGAGCUAAAAACAAACGUUACUUUUGUUCCUGUUCUAAUCCGGUGUGGAUGACUAUGAAGAGGUUCACUGUGCACGGCUCCACAGGCGGGCCAGUCACUUUCAUGUGCAAUCGUUUGUUGCAAUCCAUACGACAUGUCGGGGAAAAUAUUAACAAGCAAAAAAUACAGAUUAUCUAUGUGCCACAGUACUCUGAGAAAAGAAAAUGUAUGAUGAAAUAAAUAAAAUUUGCAAACUUAAAA